AGGAGGAGCCGCCGCCGCCGUCGCCGUCGCCGCCGCUACCGCCACCGCUACCGAGGCCGAGCGGAGCCGUUAGCGCCGCGCCGCCGCCGCCCGCCUGCCCAGGAGCAGCCCCGGGCCCACCCGCCCGCGUCCAGAUUUUUUUUUUUUAAAUACAAUGUCUAAUGGUUAUGAAGACCACAUGGCCGAAGACUGCAGGGACGACAUCGGGAGAACAAAUCUGAUUGUCAACUACCUCCCUCAGAACAUGACCCAGGAUGAGCUACGAAGUCUGUUCAGCAGUAUUGGUGAAGUGGAAUCUGCAAAACUUAUUCGGGAUAAAGUGGCAGGACACAGCUUGGGCUACGGCUUUGUGAACUACGUGACUGCCAAGGACGCAGAGAGAGCGAUAAACACACUGAACGGCCUGCGGCUCCAGUCAAAAACCAUUAAGGUGUCAUAUGCACGCCCAAGCUCCGAAGUCAUCAAAGAUGCCAACUUGUACAUCAGCGGGCUCCCGAGGAACAUGACCCAGAAGGACGUAGAGGACAUGUUCUCUCGGUUUGGGCGGAUCAUCAACUCACGAGUCCUUGUGGAUCAGACCACAGGUUUGUCCAGAGGGGUUGCGUUUAUCCGGUUUGACAAACGGUCGGAGGCAGAAGAGGCAAUUACCAGUUUCAAUGGUCAUAAACCCCCAGGUUCCUCCGAGCCCAUUACAGUGAAGUUCGCAGCCAAUCCCAACCAGAACAAAAACGUGGCGCUGCUCUCCCAGCUGUACCACUCGCCAGCUAGACGGUUCGGAGGCCCCGUCCACCACCAGGCGCAGAGAUUCAGGUUCUCCCCCAUGGGUGUAGAUCACAUGAGUGGGCUUUCUGGUGUCAAUGUCCCGGGCAACGCUUCUUCGGGCUGGUGCAUCUUCAUCUACAACCUGGGCCAGGAUGCCGAUGAGGGGAUCCUCUGGCAGAUGUUCGGCCCGUUUGGCGCCGUUACCAAUGUGAAAGUGAUUCGCGACUUCAACACCAACAAGUGCAAAGGCUUUGGCUUUGUGACCAUGACAAACUAUGAAGAAGCCGCCAUGGCCAUAGCAAGUCUGAAUGGCUACCGCCUGGGGGACAAAAUCUUGCAGGUUUCCUUCAAAACCAACAAGUCCCACAAAUAACUCGCUUAUGCUUUUUUUUUUUGUACGGAAUAGAUAAUUAAGAGUGAAGAAGUUGAAACUUUUUUGUUAGUGUACAACUCAUUUUGCGCCAAUUUUCACAAGUGUUUGUCUUAGUCUAAAUGAGAAGUGAAAAGGUUUUUAUACUCUUGGGAUGCAGCCGACAUGUUCAAAUGUUUGAAAUCCCACAAUGUUAGACCAAUUUUAAGUUUCUUAAGUUAUUUCCUUUAAAAUAUAUAUUAAACAGAAAUCUAAAUAGACUGCAUUGACUAACCAGUCCCUCGGGAUGGUGGUGAAACUGAAGCAUGCUUUAACUUCCGAGACUGUCUAACACGCGUUUCAUUCAAUGUCUCCACAAACUGGAUAGAAACCAACAAGCAAACAGAAACGAUGUUUUAGUUUUAGUUCCUAAAGAUGUUAGACAGAUGCUGAGUGCGUGUUUUUCUCAACCGCUUCCACAUUUUAAGCGAUUUCUGCUUCGGUUGACAGGAAAUUGCUUUCCCAAGCAGGUCCCAUUGCCACCUGCUGCUCACUCAGCCGAGGGGCCCUGGCUGCGGCAGCGGGCCAGUCUGCCGUGGGCCACCGGCGGGAGGGGGACCGCACGCCGGGCCGGGCCAGGCCCUGCGGAGGACACAAGGGGUCUCCUAUGCCCAGGCUCCAAUGGGAACGGACCAAAGAGUUUCAGGGGAACUCCAGUAUAUUCCAGAGUCAGAUCUCAGCUGCAGGCACGCCUCAAGAUGCCUUGCUCCUCCGACACCCCGAAUUCCUGUCCACACGUUGCAUGCACAGUGCCCCCACAACAGCGGAUACUGUCGACCCUGUCUUCGCUCCAGUUUCCGAGCGCAUUGACCACAGCUCCAAUGCGUCAGAUAGCUCUAUUUUUUAACAACACAGAAACAUUUGAGCAUUGUAUUUCUCGCAUCCCUUCUCGUGAGCGCUAGGCUUUUUUCUAUUUUAGUCAGGUUUUGUUUUGAAACUUUCCUCUCCUGUGAACACUCAACAGAAAAGUACUUACUUCCUGACAGUUACCUAUUAACAAAAAGCAAACAACAACAACAACAAAAAUCCUUUGAUUUGUAGUUUUAAAGAUUAACCCUCAAAGUUCUCUUCAUAACUGCCUUGACGUUUUGGGUUGUUCUGUUAAUUUUCUUUUGCUUUUUUGUGUUUUUUGUUUGUUUUUACUUUUGCAUUUAAGACCAUUAAAUUUGAUUUUGUUUUGCUCGAAUUUUGUUUUGUUUUUUAUUUUACCUUUUCUUUCUUUUUGGCUAGGUAAGGUACAGACAGCCCAGCAUUCAGGGAGGAUUCGUAAAAUUUUAAGCAACAAAUAUACUUGCCUCAAGACAAAGCAUUUACGGAUCUAUGAUGUUAGGAUUGCACUCUCACAGGUGGUGUUUUUUUCCAAAUGGGGAGUGGGCAGGGAGAGUCCGAGAGAGGGCCUGAGAGGUAAACAGGCAGGGCCCCAGUCUCCGGGCAACUCCUCAGGAGCGUGAUGUGAUUUUUUAAAUAAAUAACCAGUGUAUGAGAGAAUCAAAACCACCAUAAUUUAGUACCAGCGGUUUUUAACCUUGACACGAGAGACUAAUAAAGCAUGUGAACGAUA